GAGAUGCGCAGAGAACGGCUAGAGCGCUGCUCGCUGAGCCGGCUUCCGCUUCGUUAGUCCUCCUUCCCAACAUGGCGCAGUCGGUUAACAUCACCGAGCUGAACCUGCCGCAGCUAGAAAUGCUCAAGAACCAGCUGGACCAGGAAGUGGAGUUCUUGUCCACGUCCAUUGCCCAGCUCAAGGUGGUACAGACCAAGUAUGUGGAAGCCAAGGACUGUCUGAACGUGCUGAACAAGAGCAACGAGGGGAAAGAAUUACUCGUCCCACUGACGAGUUCUAUGUAUGUCCCUGGGAAGCUACAUGAUGUGGAACACGUGCUCAUCGAUGUGGGAACUGGCUACUAUGUAGAGAAGACAGCUGAGGAUGCCAAGGACUUCUUCAAGAGGAAGAUAGACUUUCUCACCAAGCAAAUGGAGAAAAUUCAGCCAGCUCUGCAGGAGAAGCAUGCCAUGAAACAGGCGGUCAUGGAGAUGAUGAGCCAGAAGAUUCAGCAGCUCACGGCCCUGGGGGCAACUCAGGCUACCGCCAAGGCCUGAGAACUUGUUGCCGAAGUGGGACGGGGGACCCGCUUCAGGAGCCUGGGACUUUGUGGGCGUGGCUUCCUGGUGGGGGAAAGUGAAGGGUCUUGUGUUUAACGCUAAUAAAUGUGCCAGCUGGA